UAAGAAUAAGGGCCAAGAAGAAGCCACUUUGAUGUGUUAUCGUCUUAUAUACAAAAAGCCAUAGGAACAAACUCCUCAUAGAUCUUUGUUGUUAGUAAGAAGAGAGGGAGAGAUUUGUUACAAACUGAAAGAUUCUGCAUCUUCUAACGGGCUGCGUUUGUUAGCACGUGCUUGUUUGGCUUCUAGCUUGAUCAUAAUGGCUGAUCAUUUUCUGCUAAGUGACACACUGUGAUGGUACAUCCUUCUCAAAUGCAUUUGGCAGUGUCAUGGUUCAAAGGGAGUUUUGAGGAUGGAGGAGUGCAGUGGUAACACGAGCACGAAUGAAGGUCAAGGGAAUGGUACCACAUCAACCACCCCUUCUGACAGGGAUGCUAAUGACAUCGUUACUACUGAGAGCAGUUCAUCUGUAAAACAUGACCAUAUCGUGGAUGGUAAAACAGUAAAAUCUGAAAUAGAACAGCCUGUCAUAACAGUGAAGUCCCUUGUUCUAAGAAAUGCUUCAGAUAUUGUGGUAUCAAGUGAUGAUGAGGUUGAAAUUGUAAAUAUCAUUUCUGCUGAGUCAAAAAAGAAGAUAAUAGGACCUCCAAUAGAGAUAAGGUCUGAUGGUGAAGAAAAAUUGGUGAAAGAUGAAAUUAAAGUUAGAGCCUGCCCAUCACAGGAGAGUAGAACGACAUCAGACGAUGACGCACCCCAAGAUCAGUGCUCAAUAUGUCUAUGUGAAUUUGAUAACAAGUCUUUCUUAGAUCAGUGUUUUCAUGCCUUCUGUUUCUACUGCAUCCUUCAAUGGUCGGAGGUGGUGCGGAAAUGUCCUUUGUGUAAAGCAACAUUUUUUUCUAUUAUACACAGUGUCAAGUCUAUGGUGGAGUUUGAACAGCAUCAUCUUCCAGAACCUGCAGAAACGUCUCUCCCCACAGAUGCCAAUCAGGAGGGUAGGAGGUUCCGUUAUCGCACAACCUUGGUUGAUGGAAGGCCACCAUUGCAAAGAAGAGCGAGACCACCAGUGUUAGAUGCAUGGCAGAGAAGAGAGCAGCAACGCCAGCUUUAUCAGUCCAGGCAGAGACAAAAAGCUGUUAUGGCCAAAGAAAAGAGAAGAACUGUAUAUGCAAACAACCUAUGGGUUCAACAUGUCCCUCAGAGAGGAAAGCCAAAGUUUAGAGAUAUUAGUGCUGAGUUCCUCCGUGCAAACCCUGCCUGCAUCCAUCGUCUUGUUCCAUGGUUGUCUCGUGAGCUGCAUGUGUUACUGGAUGAUGACCAAAGCACUGUUGAGCUUGUUAUGCCGCUAAUAACAAGAUUAAUCACAAGGGUUGAGAUUCAGUCUGAUGAAUUUGCUGAGCAGCUACAGCAAUUUCUUUUCGAUAAGUCAUACCAUUUUGCCCAUGAGUUUGCUAGCUUUGCUCGCUCUCCAUUUGACAUGUCAACUUAUGAUGACAGGGCAGAGUAUAACAAGCCUAAGAACCCUACCUCUGUGGACCCUGGAACGCCCGUGGUAUUCCAGAGUAGUUCAACAGGAUGGGAUAGUCCAGACACAGCUUCACCAUUGGCAGUUCUGCCAGCAAGUGAUACAACCUGUUUAUCUGGUUUUACCAGUUUACCUGGCCCAUCUGGAGUGACAGCUUUCUCUCAACCGUCAAGAUGGGAUGAUGGUCAAACGAAUCGUCAUCUAAGUAACAAUUGGUCACCUCCCUCAGAAGCGAAUCCGUACAUCCCAACGAUCCACAUCCGAGAUGAAAGCACUUCACCAGAGAGUGUAAGAAUGCAAGAAGUAAGCCCAUCUUCAGAGACUUCAAGAAGGACUGUGUCCGGUCAUUCAGCUAAAGAAGAUAGAACUUCGAAAAAGCGCAAGAAAGCACGCAAACACAAGCGCAAGCGCAAGCAUAGCAAACACAAGAGUGAAAAACAAUCGAUCGAAAAUGGUAGACCCACUCGCACUCAACCUGGAGGGUCACUUAACUCAUCUUCGCGGUCACGCACUAAAUCGCGUUCGCGAUCACGCAUUAGAUCGCGUUCACCCGCUAGAUCACGUUCGUGGUCACACACUAGAUCACGUUCGCGGUCACACACUAGAUCACGUUCGCGGUCACACACUAGAUCACGAUCAAGAUCUCGCAUUAGAUCACGUUCGCGAUCACAGGAGCUGGAUUCACGCACUUUGAGGUCGAAAAAAUCUUUCGAGAGGCGGUCUAGGGCAUCGCACCGUGAAUCAAGAUCACGCAGUAAAUCACGCACAAAAAGGGAACGAUCUCGUAAAAAAUCACGUUCACGAAGCAGGCCACGUUCACGGAGCAGAUCACGCGGAGAUUCUUUGACUGGGUUCCACUCGACUUCAUUAAGUGACAGAUCACACAAAACGGCUGGAGCAUCACGAUCACGUCAAGUGGAACCGAACUCCAAGGAGGAUCGCUCACUUCCGGCACCGGCGUCUCCAACGGAAGCGGAAAUGAAACAAGAGAUAGCUGAACUCGAGAUACGCAUAGCCGCUGACCGCAAAAGGUUGCUUGAACUUUUACAGAAACAGAAAGAGCGAAAGACUGAGGAGGCUCAUGAGAAUGUGGAUGGCUGUGGCGGAGAGGAGACUUGUGACAAGAAUAUUCUGAGUGACAGCUGAUCGUUAUUCCGCUAUUUUUGAUGUAACAUUCGCCAAAAAUUAAACAAAAGCGAAAAUUAUUUUACCAUCAUGAUAAUAGCUAAAAUAAAAUUUUAAGAAAGUUUUGUCUGUGUUAUUGUUUUGACCGUUUUGCCUUUGCAUUAGUCUCCUUUCGUGACUCGGACACGAGCGGCUGCAAAGGAGACUACCUUAGGAUCUGAUAGACGUCCGGGGCAAAUGCAAACAAGCUGAACUCACUUUGCGCGGACUCUUGUCUUUCGGACAACUGCGACUAGCACGGAAAACUCGCCCAUUUACUAACAUCUAACGCGACAUUUUAGACUUCAGUAAACUCUCGCCAUCAGGAAUUUCCAACCCCCUGGAAAAAAAGUAAAUACAGUAACUGUUAAGGAAAAUGGGCAUUGAUACCCCUCCCCCCCCCGGAAUUUCCAAUCCCCUCUAUGAGGGGUAUGGAUAUUUUCUGGAACUACACAUUAAAGAUAGCGGCGUUCGAACGCCAGUCCAGCGAAAUACAAAAAAAAGAGGCCUCUGCUAGCAGGGAAGAAUAGCACUAAAGCCCCAUCUACACACUAACAAUUUUUAGUUGACAACUGUAUUUGUUGGCAUCUACACUAGCAAUUUUUCAUGUAUGAAUAGUUGAAUUGCCCAAAAAAGCAAACCUGCUAGCUUUUGAGCUACUAUAGUUGCCACAUUAAAAAUUGCCGACUUUGCUGCAUCUACACUAGCAAACAAAAAUUGUCAACUAAAAAUUGGUAGUGUAGAUGGGGCUUAAAUGUAUCAAAUUUUAUAGGCCACUUAAAUCAUUUUUCACUUUUUCUCCUUGUAACAUUUUGCCCUGAACCACCUAUACCAACUUAAAUCGACAGAAUAAUUUUUAUGCCUUUAUUGUCGAAUUUGCCUUGCUCGGUAAGCAGGUGUCUAGCUGAAACUAGAUUUUCCUUUAAGUAAUUACAGGACAAUUUGUUCGGUACACAGGAAAUCAUGAGAGAUAAAGUCGAGUAUCUAUUAGAGGUGUGCUUGUAUGUGCUGUUGUUAUCAACAUUUCAACUCUCGUGCCACCCACUUUCGUAUGCAAAAUUUACUUUUCUAAGCUUUUGUAAGCAAAUAAAACUUGUAAGAAUGACACUUGUGAGAGUUAACCUGUGAGCAACCUGUGAGAGUUAUUAUCAGGAUUAAGUAAAGCAACCUUGCUCGCGUAAAUAAAAUUAUAUCUAAAGAGAAUUAAAAAGAUGGCAACCAUAUCAGUUAAGCAUUUAAAAUUUGUUAAACAUUGACAAGACAAAGGUUUAAAUAACUAAUGCAUCGUGAAAUCUACUUGAGAAUGGCUUAUAAAAGUGCGCGAGUUUCCUCAACGCUUCACAAGCGGUAUUGAAUUAUCCAAGGACGGCCCCCAAAGGACUCAAAGUGUUUCUAGUUACAUCGUCAAGAUUGUGUUGUCUUCUUCAUCACCAUCAGCUGUGCAGGUGAACCCCUUGUUCUAGUGCAGACGCCGUCAUGAAAAGCUCUCUGCUGUUCUUACUGGUUCUUCUAUGUGUGCUCGAUCUAGCACUCACAGAGACAUGCAGUUCCUCUAGUCCUAUCCGCGAAGUGUAUGUGAUGAAAAGGCGGCUCCGAUUAUCUCCGUUCAGUCUCUGCUACAUGUCGCACACGGCCCUGCUCGUUCACACCGCUGAUAACAAGGAUUGCGUGAUCGAAUACCUCGUGGAUGGCCGAGCCCAUCUGUAUGAUGCUAGACCCACGCUCAGAUGGCGCUGCUGGUUCAAGAAAUGCUAUGUAAUGCGCAUGGCUGACAACCAAGGUCACAUGUACUUCUGGGAACGCGACCUGUACAGUCAACAUCUGUCCAGGGCCUACUCGAGUAUUACCCCACAGGAGGCCCGCGAUAAGAUGCAAAAACUGAUGGGAUAUGACUACGAUUUGCUCAAACACAACUGCCACCACGCGCAGCAAAAGCUGCGAACUAGCUGGGGUUUACAUGUCCAGAACCCGUACACAGAUGCGAAGUCCGUCUGCACCUGCUUGCCUCGAUGGGUCCCUCACUCUCUGAGGAGGUUCUAUGAGAAGGUCUCGAGGCUCUGUAAAAAGGUCAUUGGACAUGACGAUGAUGAUGAUGAUGACGAUGAUGAUAAGCGCGCUUUGCGUGAAGGCACUCGCCGUGUUGCAGGCCUAGCACGUGCAUGAGGCUAUUAAUGUUAUAGCAGCUAUAAACGUGAUUAUAGAAAAACGUAAGAAUAUGAUUUCACGCUCACUUGUAAAAAGUGCAUUUGCAUUAAUAAAGUUUGGAGAACCCUG